CACGAGGGGAGAACAAUACCAACGACGGCAUGUGUGCAGUCUUACCUUCCAAGGUUUGUAUGGUUGGCGAUGACCUUCGGGCCUGCAAUUGUUCCAGGUGAAGGUGAUGAAAUGAUGUGUCGAGCUGGAGAGCUUCACCACCUUUCCUGCUGGUUAGAAUACCGCAAGAGCGCAAUUCUUCCUCUCCUCAAGCCAUCAAUUCUAUCCAAGCAGCCGGGAUUCCCGACCGCUAUUAUUACACCAGGUACUGUAUCAAUAAUGGACAAACUCCGUAACAUCCGCUACCUCAGAAUUGACAUCCGCGAAGCUAAUUGGGACGAAGAGUUCGAGGAUACUGAUACGUGGAUGGCGCUGUUCACGCUACGGGCAUCCCAAUCCGGAUAUGCAGAUUCUCAUGAGUGGGUACUGGGACAUGAAACAAUGCGACCACAAGAUGACGACGCGGACGAACAAAUUUGUCAAGAUUCUUCAUCACCUCGGGCCCUACUCUGUCGUGUUCAACAUCAAGGCGUUCGCGGUCUGUAGGAUCUACCACAGAGCGAAGUUGGUAUGGUCGAUGAGAACCGGCGCUCUUACCGGGGCCCAAGUCUGAUUCUGUUUUUGACUACGAGAGAGGCAAUGCCAAAAACAGUCAUUCGGUCUGGAUCCAGGAUUGGUGUAACUAUUAGUCACAUGCUUCUGUCGACUUUAUAUUAUUGCUUCACCUAGAACAAUGCAGACGGUGGUACGGUGGAUUUGUCGAGUUGCUCUAGCCCAUGAGUAGCUUGGUACGCGCAGUAUCGUGACCUUGGUUGGCUAUGCGAAUCACCGCCUGGACCCGGCCUUAAUCGCAUAAAUCUC